GCGGCCGCCACCGCCGCCCCCCACGCCGGCGUGAAGGGCAGCUCGGCGGGGCCCUGGUGGAAAUCGCUGACCGGCAAGAAGAAGCACAAGGAAGCAGCGGCGACCGCCCCGCCGCCCCCCGCCGCCACCACCACCGAGGCGGCCCCCGCCGCCUCCCCCAGCACCGGCGGCCGGGAGGAGCAACCCCCCCCCUUCGGCGGCGGCGAGGCCGCCGGGGCGGGCGGCAGUAACCGCCGGGGCCUCCGCAUCUCCCACUCGGGCCGCUUCAAGGAGAGGAGGAAGGUGCGCACCUCCCUGCUGACCGACAGCCCCGAGGCCUUCGACGGCGGCGGUGCCUGCGGCCAUGCCGCCCAAGGGGGCGAGUAGCCCGGGAGGGCUUGGCAACCGGAGCCGUGGCCCUGCGAGGACGGGUGGGCCAGAGCACCGGCAGAAAGGACAGGUGGCCCGGAGCCGGCUGCAGCCCCCCGGCCGGGGUUGGCAUCGGUUUGGCCCUAUGGACGACAUGGAGGUGGUGGUUGGACACUGCGGGGAGCCCGGCACCUCCGCCAGAGCAGGGACUCCUGUGCUGCGUGACACGAACACUGCCAAGGCCAAACCCUUUGCUGACGGGACGAUGCGAUUGUCUUAACGAAAUCACACCAAUAAAGACCCCCCCACACUCCCUGCGCUGUGGUGAGCGGACUCAAAAGGUGCUAUCCCAGGGCCAGCGCUGGGCUUCUCUCCACCUUCCCCCCCAGCCCUCCCUGGGAGCCAACGUGGCGACUUCUCAGACCCAUCACCCAGCUCCCCCCGGCUCUGCGGCCGAGCAGGGGCUGUGCUGCUUUCCUCUCACGCGCUGCCUUCUCCAAGGAAGGGGGGAAACAAAGUGCUCUUCUCUAAUUUUGGGGCUGAGGAUCUUCAGCGGUGCUGUACCUGCUGCCCCACCAUGCAGCCACCCUCCUUCCCCUGCCGGGGGUCAGAAGGGGGGUAUGGUGAGGGGCAGGCGCCUGCAUCGGCCCGUGCCCCACAUCACGUCGCAUUUAAAUAUGCAAAAGGCAGGACUGUGCUGGUUUUCCCCCUCUUGAUGUAGCGAUAAGCAGGUGUUUCGCCGGCUGGUGUCCCCUGGUUCUGUGACAGGGGGAGGCCGGUUGUCAUGUGGCAAUUCACACUGUUUACCCAGGGAACACAUGGUUUUUGCAUAAUUGGUGAUAACUGGCACCGUGAAGCUCCGAUGAAGAAGUUGUGUGAUAAAAUGUAAAUACUCUUUUUGGGAGAGGAGGCCAGCCCUGGAGAGCACAGGCAGGGCUGUACCCCCCUUGUGGGAAUAGGCUUGGGCACCACUGGAAAUGUCCUUUCCAUUGUGUCCAAGGCUUGUGAAGCAAGGUUAAAGAUCCCCAGGAUUUCUUUUGCCAGCAGGAUAAUGCGCUUUACCUUGGGCGGCUCUCUGCUCCCUCUAACAACUCCUGGAUUUUUUGGAUAAAGUGAGCUAUAAGCAAGAUUUUUCCUGGUGUUGUGCCUUACAGAGCAAACGCGGCUAAAACCAGUUGGCAAUUACACAUUUCUUGAUAGUAGGGGAUGUAGCAACAAAUGAUUUAUUUAUUUUAAAUGCAUUUGCAAUAUACUUUCUAUUGUUAAAAUGGUUUUAGACUUUUUCUGAAUGUAAGAUAAGAUACUACAUAGCGGCAGGGACUGAAAAUUAUUUCCUAGCAGUCGAGUAUUACACAGUUAUGAUUUUGUUUGGUUGUAACUAAUGAUUUAAGGUCAAUUAAAAAUAAAAAGUGACCUGAAAGGAAACACGAGCUAAAAGCUGGGUUCCAGGUGAAAAUACAGAUUAAAGUAGCCACUGACAAUCACUGAAACGAUGCCGCAGAUGCCAGGCAAGUGCCCCAUGCUUCAAUCCCUGUAAUAACAGAUAAUGAACUUUGAAAGCUCCUGUGCGAUAAACUCGGAUAACCUGGCUGGCUUCAGUACCUCCUGGUCCUUCACUCACCUGCUCCUUCAGACUCUGGAACACAAGGACAAAGGGACUGUAGCAUCAAAUCUAUGUCCAUAAAAGCUCUUUUCCACCCAAUGAGGAGAUGUAUGGUGUUUUUUUUUAUUUCAUUUAGUAAAACUGCAAGGUACUGGUUUGGGGACUGCAUGUUUAUGUUCCUGACUACAUGCUGACCAAGCAACAAGCUGGGGGUUUGUGGGGGGAGCUCUUAAACAUUUCUCCUCGGAGAUGCUUUUCUUAUGUGGAGCGUCUUCAGUCAAAGGGCAUCUGAAAUCCUUCUGUUGAGAAGAAGCAGUUGGAGCAAUCCCAGUCUCAGACAAAGGGGUGUGAGAGAGAAGGAGGAAAGUUUUGAAGCUGGGAACGGAGAGGUGGAUGAAGAACUGUGCUUCAGCUACAGUCAGCCCAGGGUGGAGGGAAAGGUGGCAGAAAGGGGUGGCUUAGCUGCCAGGGUCGUCAUGCUGCCUUUGGAAGGCAAUACAGUCAUAUUUAUUACAGGCAAAAUAAGUUCUGCUUGUAUUCAUGUGUUUUAGGGCCCAGAGAACCUUUUUUUGUAUAUGUGUGUCCAAAAUGGAAGAACAAGUAAGCAGAUAUUGCUCUGGUGCGUUUCUUACUCCUAUGUCUGGUUGAGCUGGGCCCUGUGAGGGUCAGAGCCUCAGAAGGGUCCAGAGGCCUGGCCCUGCAGGCGGGUCUUUUAUACAUCUCAUGCAGAUGCUUCCCUGCAUUUUUAAUCCUGACACUGUUGUGAAAAUACAGUUUCCUCCCUUUAGUACCUCCAAGCUACCUCUUUUUACACUGAACCUCUGUUUGCUCUUUGGAAAGACAAAGAGCAAACCUCUUUGUCUCAGGGUUAUUAGUUGCAAGCCUUGACCUAGGCACAAGAUACCUAUGAAUUCAGGGUUUAUUAGUGAAGAAGCCGGGUACACUGUUCAGAUGGCUGCUGUUAAGAUCCGGUAUCAAUGCUGGUUAAUGUGUGACUAAAUAUUAGCCGUGUCCUAAUCCCUGUGAAUGGUGCUUUCAGCCUGGAAAUUUGGUCAGAACAUAAAG